CGCGGGAGCCGGCGUGGGAGCGAUGGCGGCCAUGGCGGUCUCGGAGCCCGGGUGUCGGAGCUGGGCCCUGUGUCCCGAGGUGCCGUCGGCCACCUUCUUCACGGCGCUGCUGUCGCUGCUGGUGUCCGGGCCCCGCCUGUUCCUGCUGCAGCCGCCCCUGGCGCCCUCGGGCCUCUCGCUGCGCUCCGAGGCCCUGCGCGACUGGCAAGUUUACAGGCUGGUGACCUACAUCUUUGUCUAUGAGAAUCCAGUCUCCCUGCUCUGCGGUGCUGUCAUCAUCUGGCGCUUUGCUGGCAAUUUCGAGAGAACCGUGGGCACCGUCCGCCACUGCUUCUUCACCGUGAUCUUCGCCAUCUUCUCUGCUAUCAUCUUCCUGUCGUUUGAAGCUGUGUCAUCACUGUCGAAGCUGGGGGAGGUGGAGGAUGCCAGAGGUUUCACUCCAGUGGCUUUCGCCAUGCUGGGAGUCAACUCUGUUCGCUCUCGGAUGAGGAGGGCCCUGGUGUUUGGCAUGGUCGUGCCCUCAAUGCUGGUACCAUGGCUCCUGCUGUGUGCCUCCUGGCUCAUUCCCCAAACCUCUUUCCUCAGUAAUGUCUGUGGACUUGGAAUUGGGCUAACAUAUGGCCUCACAUACUGCUAUUCCAUCGACCUCUCAGAGCGAGUAGCACUGAAGCUCGACCAGAAGUUCCCCUUCAGCCUGAUGAGGAGGAUUUCGAUGUUCAAGUACGUCUCAGGCUCUUCAGCUGAAAGAAGGGCAGCCCACAGCCGGAAGCUGAACCCUGUGCCCGGCUCCUACCCCACGCAGAGCGGCCACCCUCACCUGACCUCCAGCUACCCUGUCGCCCAGAUGCAGCACGCCAGUGGCCAGAAACUAGCCUCCUGGCCAGCCAGUGCUCCUGGGCACAUGCCCAGCCUGCCUCCUUACCAGCCUGCCUCCGGCCUGUGUUACGUGCAGGACCAUUUUGGCACAAACCCUAACUCCUCCGGUGUCUGCCCGGCUUCCGCAGGGGCCUCCCUGGGGGUCCAGCUCCCUGCCCCCCUCCACUGCCCUGGCACGGUGUAUUCUGGGGCCCUGGCUGCUCCAGUGGCUGCAGGCUCCAAGGAGUGCUCAAGGGUCCUGAUCCCCUGAUAGAGAAUUUCUAGGGAAGCUUUCUCACAUCUUGGCCUUCUGAAGAAGGUUCUCUCUGAGCUAAGAUUUUCUUGACAGUUAUUUAUUGAACACCUCUGUGUGCCAGGCUCUGUGUUGAGUACUUUGAUGUAUGUUCCUGUUUCAGUCUCCAUCCUCAUGACGACUUCGUGAAGUACAGUUUAUUGUCCCCAGUUUACAGAUGCAGAAAGUGAGACACUCUGUGAGUACAUGAAGUCACGUAGCUCUGUAGUGGCACAGCUGGGGUUCUUGGCUCUGGGCCCAGGGCUCCUCCCACCUGCUGUCCUGCCCCUCAAAAGACACUGGGAGAAGAGAGUAUUGGUUGUCAGUGGCUGCCAAUGGUUAAUUCCAGCUCUACGUCUCCUUCCUGUCGUUGUCUGUAGUGCUCUUGGUUAUUUAGUGUCCGUGUGUCUGUGUCUGCCCUCCAGGGGCUCCCAGCUGGUGUGCUCGGCAGUCCCCAGGCCUGUGUAGUGUUUCUCCCCUGCAGUGACCUCCCCACCCAGACUUCUGCCCCAGAAGCGGUGAGACGGGCCAUUGUGAACCACAGCAGCAUGCUGAUGGAUCCAUAGUGUUGAUGACCUCUGUAUAAAGAAACUGCCUCC